GCACCUACCUGCCUCGUCCUACCCCCCCCCCCCCGGCAAACCCAAAGAGAUGAAGACCGCGGCGCUGACGGCCCUACUGGCCGCCUCGCUGGCAGAGGGCCACUACAUCUUCAGCCAGCUCAUCGUCAACGGCAAGGCGGUCGGGCAGGACUACACGUACAUCCGGAAGAACAGCAACACGUACAUGCCGUCCUUCCCCAACGAGGUCAUCGACUCGCCCGACCUGCGCUGCAACAAGGGCGCGAAGCCGGGCAGCACGCAGACCUACGACGUCAACGCCGGCGACAAGAUCGGCUUCAAGCUCGCCUACAACGAGUUCAUCGAGCACCCGGGCCCCGGGUUCGUGUACAUGUCGCGGGCGCCGGACGGCACCGGCGUCGCCGCGUACGACGGGUCCGGCGACUGGUUCAAGGCGUACGAGAUCGGGCUGUGCAACCCCGGCAGCCCCGGCAACGACGGCAGCUGGUGCUCGUGGCAGAAGGACCGCAUCGAGUUCACCAUCCCCAACGAGAUCCCCGCCGGCGAGUACCUCGUCCGCGUCGAGCACAUCGGCCUCCACGAGGCCUUCAAGGACCGCGCCCAGUUCUACAUGGAGUGCGCCCAGCUCCGCGUCGCCAGCCAGGGCACCGGCACCCCGACCCCCCUGGUCAAGAUCCCUGGCGUCUACAAGGCCGACGACCCCGGCAUCAAGUUCGACAAGUGGAACAAUCCCAAGGCUAACUCCUACGUCAUGCCCGGCCCCGCCGUCUGGAAACCCUAGGCGAGCCGCGCGCGGACGCAAGCAGACCUCGUCUCCCCCUUCCCCCUCUCCGUCUCUCCCGGAGCUGGUUUCGCGACCUUGGUAGGGUGGAAGAUGUCGCUCUCGGAUGAUUUGAGGACAACUGGUUCUUUAUAGCAGGAUGGCUAGGAGUCAAGACAAGUUGAUGGUUAGGACGUGCGUGGCGUAUAGCAUCUGCAUACAUUCCGUCUCGGCCGUGCGCUGCGAUUCGUUUGUGGCUCUUCUACCAACCAUAUGUAGACUAGAUAGUGGUCCGAACGAAUGCAACCCUGUUCAGAUGGCUCGUUAAGGCGGCAUACAGACAGCUUAGACUCGCUCGUGGGACUAGGAGUAGGUAGGUAAGCGGUAUCA